GGAGGGAUUGACUGGAUGGAGAGUGAUGAGGAAGACCAAAGGAUCUGUUAUAACAUGUGCUUCUAGCUGGUCGACAUUAUCAGGACCCUGUCAAAUUAAAAAUGCCUUUCCAGGACCUGACAAUGGAGAAUACUGGUGUGAAACUGGAAGGAAGAAAAGCAACACUGUCAACAUCACUGUCACUGCUGGUUCAGUGAUCCUGGAGAGUCCAGUCCUUCCUGUGACGGAGGGAGACAAUGUGACUUUGUGCUGCAGAACGAAGCAGACGUCCUCCAACCUCAACGCUGAAUUCUGUAAAGACGGCCACUUCAUGGAGAGCAGCUCUACAGGAAACAUGACCAUCCACAGUGUUUCCAGGUCUAAUGAAGGACUCUACAAGUGCAGCAUCUCUGGAGCAGGAGAAUCAGCAGAGAGCUGGCUGACGGUCAGAGCAACUCCUCAGCCUCCCCCUGCUGCCUCUCAGCUCUCUCUGCUGAUCUGUGUUGGUGUCAGUUUUUUCCUGAUGGCUCUGCUGCCUUUGGUGGGAUUACUGCUUUGUAGAAGUCAUCAAACAGUCAUCACAGUGGCAACAUAUGCUGUUAUCACAGAACCCAGGAAGGAGAAAGGGAAUGAACUUGACCUUCUUUCAGGUCACUGAGAGCAGAGACGCCUCACUGAAGAAGGGAGGACAUAUUAGGGUCUUUUUUAAAAACCCAAAGGUUUUUAAAUUGCAGCAUUUGUAUGGGUGGUUUUGUGUGUUCAUGUCAAAACACAAUGACAUGCUUCUGUGGUUGCAAGAAAUAUAUAAACAGGUUAUGUACAUUUGUAAAAAGGGGACGUGUUCAAUUUCUUUUUUUUUUAAACUGCACACAUCGGAGACUGUAGAUGUGUAUGUAUAGGCCUAUACAAAAAUGUACACGGAGACCAAUUAAUAAUCAUUUUUUUAAAGUAAAUAAACAUUACACAAUUAAAACAAUCACCAUAAACCAUGUAAAAUGCCUAAUUGUUACUUUUUAUCACUUUUCUGAAUGACAGUUUCAUCUAUCACAGCUACUGAUUGAUAUUUUAUUCCCACUAGUUCACACAGUUAUUCUCUAAAAUAGGGUACAAAGAAAACAAUUAUCUGUGAAUGUAUUAAUAUUUUUCUACAGUACAACCAUUCACCCACCUCCAGCUUUAAUCCAUCAUCCACAGAAACCUUCAAUUCACCUGAUAUUAAAAACAGCAGAUGGGGACAUCCUUAGCAGAUCCCACAAUGCAUAUGGUUGAUUAUGCAUCAUUAUUUGGGAAAUGCAUCAAGUGGGUGUGGGGGAGUGGCAACAGAGGAUGAACCCAAAUGCAAGCAGAGUGAGCAGGAUGACUCAAGUGGUUUAAAGACCAAAACAGCCAGGUCACAGAAGACAGGAACAUAGCAGCCAGUUCACGGUGGGGAAGGCUAAGUGAGGCGAAUGAGGUGAUUGCAAGGCAGAUGGGAGUGGAAGGAUCUGUAAUUACUGAAGAGAAGUCUGUAGGCACCUGGUAGAGAGAGAGAGAGCAAAAGAAUAAUGCUGAAAGGGCCUGGGGGAGUGGAUGAAGAGAGGGACAGAGAGGCGGUGGUUAUCAGCACUUAACACAGAAAAAAAAGGAAUCUAAUUUACAACAUUUUGCCUUCCAUAGUCAAGUUAAGUCAAACAUAAUCAAACAGGAGAUAUGUUGAAUAUCUAAUACACAACUAAGCAAGGAGAACAAGGCAUUGUACAGAAAGAAAUGUCGUAAUACUUCUCCAGGAGAGAAUGUUAAAAAGGUGAAAUGGUCAAAUAAGACUCAUCUGUAAUGAACAUGUCGUUUUGGCUUAUUUAAGGUAAGAUAACAUUCAGAGCCCAACACGGUUGUCAUCCUCCUUGUUUCUCUAUAAAACUCUGUAAGUAUUUGGUUCUGUCCACAAAGCCAUUGAGAGGCUGUUAAACUUUUGUGUCUGAGAAGCUCAAACGAUCAGCUGCAUCUGUAGAAUCUAAGUAAAACCGAGACAUGACGCACACUGACGAAGCAGGCCUUCUGAAAAUAGACCUUGUGUCUGUCCAUCAGCUCUAUGAUACUUUGUGUCCCUCACUGUUUCCUUAAUUUCAGUAGGCCAUUAGUUGUUUUUGUGUAACUCUGAGUUUCCCACAGUGAAGCAGUCCCACCACCAGCAGCAGCAGAGGCACCAUCACAAUGGUGAAAACAGUCCUCAGGAGGAGGAGAAGAAGAAAGAACUGGUGUGGACAGGGACAAGUCUCUCCGUGAAGAGCUGCAAAGUCAACAGAAAUGAUAUAACAUGGUUCCAACAGUAUCCAAGCUGUUAAUUUUUAAUAGUAAAUUGAA